UAUCUGGAUGGAGGGCAUUUGGUGCCAGAUCCUGUAACGGCCCAGCUGAUGUUAGGAGAGCUAAAGAAGACUGGAGGACAGAGCUAGCUGUUGGACGGUUUUCCCCAUACACUUCCCCAGGCCAAAGCACUUAACAACAUAUAUGAGCUCGAUCUUGUCUUUCAUUUGAAUGCCCCGUUUGAAACAUUAAAGCAGAGACUCAGUUCACGAUGGGUUCAUCUGUUGAGUGGAAGACUGUACAACAUGGGAUUCAAUUCCCCCCUAAUCCAUGGAAUUGACAACAUUACUGUGAAGAUUAUAAUCCAGCGUGACGAUAACAAGCCAGAAGUGGUUACAUCUAGACUGCUCCAGCACAAAGGCUUUAUAAAGCCAGUUAUAGAUUUUUACAAGACCAAGGGAAUCUUGCAUACAUUUUCCGGGACAGAGACAGACAAGAUUUGGCCUUGCGUCUAUUCACUGAUGAGUGCCAGGAUUUCACCCCUUAACAUUGCAACACCAUAA